GUCAGUGACGACAAUCAGACGCGCCAGCAGCAGCACGAGCGCGGAGGGUUGUGAAAACAAGCAGCGAGGGGUCAGGAUGAUGGGAGCUCAAUGUCACGGAGCGUUACACCGCGGAGAAUCACCAUGAAACCACUGCAGUCGUGAGAUAAGGACAUUAAAGCUUUUCUGCAAGGAGGUAGCCUGAGAUGUCUUGGAGCAGUUCUUAAAUCUCCCGCAACCUCUCUUGUGUAAUUUCAAGAUGUACAGAACUCUGGUGCUGGUGAUGCGCCCUGUAUGCUGCCACAGCAUCAGAAGCAGAUCCUGUUUGCAUAAAGCAGCUUUUGCCCACAGACGACCCUUUAGCUUCUGUGUUCCUGCGGCUCUCGUGCUUCAAAGAAGGGCCUACAGCCUAGACUCUCUCUCUUCUGGCCCUGGUCGGCCCACACUUGGUUCCAGUUCACAGCAGUCACACACGGAGAGGACGUCCCCUUCUACAGCACUCACACACAGGAAUCUGUCGGCUGUGGCUUUACAGGGCCAAAGUCGUCAGUUGUGCCAAUAUGACUUUCUGGAUCUGGGAGAGGUUGAUGAAAAUGUGCGCCGUGCUCAGUCCGGUAAAAAGAAAAGUCACCUUAUUGUGGAUCCACACCUGGCUAAACUGGUAACACAACAUCUAGAACCAGAGGAUGCUAAAUGUGUUAUCCUUGAAUGUAACCCAGGUCCUGGGGUGUUGACAAGGUCGCUGUUAAAUGCUGGAGCUCAGAGAGUUGUGGCCCUUGAAGGCGAUAAGCACUUCCUUCAUGAUCUACAGGAGUUGGAGGGUCAUCUCAGUGGUCAGCUGGAGGUGGUUCACUGUGACUUCUUCAGAAUGGAUCCUAUUGGCAAAGGGAACAUGAAGCCCCCGGUCACGUCCUCUGAAAAAUUGUUCACUGAUCUGGGAAUAUCAGAAACCAGCUGGACAGAUGACAUCCCAGUGAAGGUGGUUGGUAUCCUGGCCCCGCAUCAGGAGCGCAGCAUGCUGCUGAAGAUGGUUUAUGCUUUGUUUGAAAGGCUGUCUGUCUACAGAUACGGAAGAAUAGAGCUCAAUCUCUUCAUCAGUGAGAUGGAAUACCUGAAAUUGAUGGCACGUCCAGGUAACAUGUUGAACUACAGAGCCUUCAGUGUCCUCUGGCAGAUGGCCUGUGAUAUUGAACUAUUACACAAGGAGCCAAGGGAGUCAUUUGUGAUGUCAAAACCGAGUAAAUCUAGUAAAAAAGGAAAGAUUGCCAAUGAUCACAUGUGCCUGGUGCGUCUGCGUCCAAGGGCUGAUCUGUUCUCUGGAGGUCUCACUCCCUCUAAUGCUUCAACUCUGCUGAUGAUGGUCAAACAGUGUCUGGCUAGGAGGAAGGUCAAGCUCAUUGACCGAUUGAACCAGUGGUCACCGGAUAGUGGGAGUAAGCUGUUAUCUGAAGUGGGAAUGCCGGAUGACAUUCUGACGGGUUACGUAUAUCCAGAGGAAUACCUCCAACUGUUCCAGUUGAUGGACAAGAGCCAGCAGUUUACACAGAGCUGGCUCUAUGAGGAGAUCCUGGAGAACACACAGAGGGAAGGUUGGGGGUAAAAUUCAUUUAGACAGGUUACAUGAAGAGAAUCAUGAAAUUACAUCACAAAAAUGUACAUACCCACUCAUAUGUAUAACAACGGUAUAUUCUUAAAAUAAAAUAUCUGGUAACAUUUGGGACAUGCAUAGAAAUUGUUAUUGAAUUUGGUACAGCCUGGACUGCAGAAAUAUUUUUGUUACUGAAAUUAUGAAAAUCUUUUGAUGAUGAAGAAAUGGCUUCAAAGGAUUCCAGAACAAUGAUUCCCCUGAAUCAAGAUUUGAGUCAAAGACUAUAUCCAAGAUGGUUUAUUUUUUGACUUCACGUUAGGAGUACCCUGGGGGUCUGCGACCCAUAGCUUGGCAGUUUGUGAAAACAAUUGCAAUAACUUAUGUUUAUAUUGCCUGAUCAGGGAGGACAAUGGGGAAGGAAAUAUUCAGACUUCUGGAUGCUUUCAUGACUGAAAGUGAGACUGAGCUGGGAACAUUUAGUGGGGUUACCGCACAGAUAAAGACAACCUGAAUAUUAUAUAAUUAUAUAUAAUAUUAUAAACAGAUAUGUUGAUAUGCUGAUAAACUGAUUUGCUGUUUGCUGAUGUCUGUUUGAUCAACUCUCCAGGGAGAUGGAUGCCUUGACAUGUCACACUGUUGUAUCAAAAGUGUGAUAGCUCUUUUGUAGAAAAGUUUUGCAGCGGCCUGGUGGGUGUUAAUGAGAGAUGAAAAAACAACACGGUGGGGGGGGUCUUUGAAAACUUUAUCUUCUGUAAAGGUUCCAUUUUGUAAGCGAUCCACUUUCUAUCAUGAGAAAGAAAUAAAGGUCUUCAAGUAGCUAAACCAUUUAAUACAUGGCAGCAUGUCCAAGGAGGCUAUAACAUGUGUCAUGUAACAAUUCAGCAUGUAUCUCAUGGUUAUUUUCCAAACUUACAUCUUGAGGGGAGUAGUAGUGCAGUAACUGCACCGCUGACAGGAUUGUUCAAAGAAUUCAAGUUUUUCACUGUAUUGAUUUGUGUAAUUUUUGCAUUUUCCUUGUGAAUGCAUAAUCUUUGUGUAUGUCUCUAAGAAGAGUAUAAGCUGUGUGUCUUAUAAUAUUUAAACAAAUGAAUAAAUCAGAAUUUUGACUGUUGA